AUGAUUGUCUCCCUUCGUGCAGAAAAUGUCGGCGGUCUUAAAGCAAAUAGAAAUGUCUCUAUACCCGAACAAGUUGCAAUGUUUCUUCAAAUUUUAGCCCACCACACAAAGAAUAUUGUUGUUCGAAGUCAUUUUAAAAGAUCCGGGUAUACUGUAAGCAAGCACUUUAACCGCGUCCUUCUAGCUUUGCUUAAGUUACACGAAAUGUUGUUAAUCACACCGAAACCUGUCGACGACGGCUGUGAAAAUGAGCGUUUUGCACACUUCAAGGGCUGUCUUGGUGCACUAGAUAGGACAUACAUAGGGUGUCGCGUUCCUUAUCUUGAUAAGCCGAGGUAUAGGAGUCGCAAGGGUAAUGUGUCGAUCAAUGUGCUAGCUGUUUGUGAUGAUAACAUGAACUUUAUUUACUUACUUACCGGGUGGGAAGGGUCUGCAGCCGAUAGUAGAAUACUUCGAGAUGCGGUAACUCGAGAUAAUGGUCUACGAGUCCCCACGGGUAAUUACUACUUGGUUGAUAAUGGUUAUACGAACGGAGAAGAGUUUUUGGCACCGUACAGAGGUUGUAGAUACUACCUCGAUGCUUAUGCGCACGGUCUAACCGCACCUAGAAAUUUUAGAGAAUAUUUUAAUAUGAAACACGCGAAGGCAAGAAACAUAAUCGAGCGGGCGUUUGGUCUUUUGAAGUCACGAUGGGCCAUAUUACGCAGCCCGGCAUAUUACCCUAUCAAGGUACAGAACCGGAUCGUAAUGGCCUGUUGUCUGCUGCAUAAUUUUAUACGAACCACCAACGACUUCGAUCCGGAGGAAGAAACUUUAGACGAUUUUUUCCGGAAAAACCCAGGCAUUAUUAGUGGAGAAGAUUACAUUAGCACUGUUGAGAGUUCGGACGAGUGGACUGCGUGGCGGGAUUCUAUUGCGAUUAGCAUGUACAAUGAGUGCAAAAACCACGUGUCCAACAGCAGGCGUUGUUGGAUAGUUCUUGAAGAGCAAACCUUAAUUUUGGCGCUCAAAGAUAUUGUGUCGAGAGGCUGGAAAUGUGAAAAUGGUUUUAAGACCGGCUUUUUGGGAACCCUUGAACAAUUUAUGGUUCAGAAAUUUCCGGGGACCGAUCUUAAAGCAACACCUCACAUACAUUCCAAGAUACACGUGUGGAAAAAACACUACGAAGCACUAAGCACCAUGUUGUCAAGGUCGGGAUUUGGUUGGAAUGACUCUAACAACACCAUAGACGUCAUUGACGACCAGGUGUGGCAGGAUUACAUCAAGGUAACCCUUCUCCUCAUUAGUUGA